AUGUCCAACAAAAAGAAGAGUAAGAGUAAGGCCAGCGAGAGCCACAAGCGUGGUGGAAGAGAGAACAGUCCUCGUGGACAACAUAACUCUCUCUCUCCACAAAGAGGCAACAGUAUCUCUGAUCAGCAAGGAAGCGAGAACAGCGGUACUGGCUCUGGAACAAACGGGAUCAAAUUAGCCGCUCGCUUGUUUCGCAAUCCAUUGUUUUCCAAAAGAGGGUUCAAACAUGCAAAAGAGGGAUUAAAAAGUGAGAGAACAGGUGACUCAAUAAGCGGAGUAAGGUGUUUUGGUAGCUUCUUUCUCUUCGUUUACCCGUUUCUUUUGAUAGGAUACUGUAUCCACGGUUUCCUAGCUGGGGACAUCAAUAGCAAAAGUGCUUUUUUGUAUGGCAUUCCAUUAUGCAUUGCUGUUCCUUAUUGCAUACGUUACUUGGAUGAUGUGGAUACAUUGCUUUCAAGCAUAUUUGAGAUUGGGGAGAAGAGUUUGCUCGGAUAUUUCGCAGACCCGGUAAUUAGAGAGUUCCUCUUAACUGUUUUUGAGAUUGCCGGACUCAUUUAUAAAUGCAUUGAGAGUAGCCAAAAGUCGCGAAUCUAUGUAUGGAGAAUUGUGGGUUUUGUUCUCUAUCUCGUAGGACAUACUUUGCUAAUAUUGGAAAGAAAGAAAAGACCAGGAUCGGUAGCGGAUGCUUCGGCAUGA